AUGUCUGCAGAAGAUCGUUCGCGCGAAGCAGGCCGAGAGCUCAAGCUCCUACACUUCGUCUAUGGCCAACCAAACCUCGACGAGAUCCGCGGCCACCCGCAACGAGUCCUAGAUCUCAUCCACGAGUUCGAGAAAGAUUACCACUUCAUGAACGUCGGCGAAGCCAAAGGCAAGAUCGUCACAGAUUUGAUCGACGAGCUCAAACCCAAGACCAUGAUCGAGCUCGGCUGCUACGUAGGCUACUCCGCCAUUCUCUUCGGAGACGCCGUGCGCCGCAACGGUGGUGACCGAUACCUCAGUCUGGAGCUGAACCCCGAAUUCGCAGCCAUAGCCAAUAUGCUCGUUGAAUUAGCAGGCUUACGGGAUUUCGUCCGCAUCCUCGUCGGCCGGAGCGAUGUCUCCCUUCAUCGACUCAUCACGUCCGGUACCGUGAACAAGGUGGAGCUCCUUUUCCUGGAUCAUUACAAACCCGCAUACACGACGGAUCUCAAGCUUUGUGAGCAUUUCGGGGUUAUUGGGCCUGGCACGGUCCUGGCGGCGGAUAACGUCCUUUAUCCCGGGAAUCCACCAUAUUUGGAAUAUGUGCGUAGUUCGGUGGCUCGCAAACGCGAUAUUGCGCAGGCUGGACCUUCCCGGGGGUAUGACACCACUGGAAUCUUGGAGCGUGCGGUAGAUUCAUAUGUGGGGAGGGACGAUGAACCCGCUUUUCACUUUGUCGGGAACCCGAAUUUGGUGUAUGAGAGUCGGCUAUGUCAGCCUGCGGGACUGAAGGUACGUUCGGGAUUCUUUUCCCGGUAUUUGCUGACCACCCAUUUGUAG